UCCUCCCUCCCCUUCUUUCUUCUUCUUCCUCCUCCUCUCUCUCUCUUUCUCCCUCCCUGUUAAAUGGGUUUCUCUUUCUUGUCGUCUCCUCCAUUAGCAGCACUAGUAGUAAAUAACAACAAUCCAUCUUAUGGCCUCACCACCAACUAACUCCUCCUCCUCCGACUCCACAGAUCCAUCAUCUCAAACCAACGCUCUCCCAAUCCAUGGCGUUUUAUGAACGGGGACGGAGGAAUUUCCUUAAAAACAGCGGCGGAGACGACCAUCACAACUGCUGCCUACUUCAAUCUCCUAAUUCGGCGGCCCUUUUCCUCGUCGGCCGCCGGAUAUGACGAUGUUUCCGGCCGCCUCUCAUCACCACCACCAAAACAGCAGCUCCACGACUUCCACUCCUCCUCCUCCUCCUCCCUUCAAACACCACCACAGUAGCCGUCGCCGCCGUUCCGACGACGGCGGAGGUUAUGGUGCUGGCUUCGAGAUCUCCACCAGCGAUAUCAUCGACGCCGACGCCAACAACAACAACAACAUUCGCCAACAGAGCUGCAGCAGCCGCCGCCGCCGCCGCGGGAAUUGCCGUAGCGCCACCAGCAGCAAUAGCAGCCGUCGUCGUCUGCCGAUGGCGGCGGAGGAAGAUGAGUCGAGAACCAACAGCAAUACCAGCCUCAACAACGAAGCAGCCACCUCCACUUCCAAAAUCGCCGCCGCCGCCGCCGAACAAGAAGUUGUCGUCAGGCUGCCGGAAAACCGAUUAAUGGCCGGCUCCGCUUCUUCCUCCUCAUCCUCCUCGUGGCUCCAGCUCAGCAUCGGCGGCGGGGCUCCGGUUGAAAUCCCAGCGACGAGCAAUAAAGAUCAUCAGCCGCAGAGGCUGGAUCCAGCCGGCGGCGGCGGAGGAGGACUUAUCGAGCUCGAUCUGCUCUCCAGCGGCGGCGCAGGCGGAAGCUUUUACCGACCAACCUUCACCGCUGCCUGCAGUCCGAUGUUUCUGGACACAAACGCUCAUCCGCCGCCGCUGAGGCCAGUAGCGAUGAAUGCGGCUGUACCGCCACCGUCUUUCUUCUUCCAGCCGGCGGCGGCGGGAGGAAUGUUUCGCCCUUCUUCUUCGUACCCCUCCAUCCAAUACCUACAUCAACAACAGCAAGACGUAAACUACUGGCCUUUCAGCAGGCCGCCGCUUAGCUCCGCCGCGUCGGCAGUGAUGCAUCAUCAUCAUAAUAACCCUCAAAUGGCGGCGGCUCCGUUUUUUGCGCGGCCGUUUCAGUUGUUCGGGGAUCCCGCUCCCGGCGGCGGCGUGUCUUCCAACGAGGAGUUCAGAGUGAUGGAUCCUCCGAGAAGGCCACACUCCGGCAUUUGGUUCCUCCUUCAACCCUCCCUCUCGCAAUCCAAAGAGCCAUUCUUGCCUCCAUUGCACAAGAGCUACCUCAGGAUCAAGGAUGGAAGGAUGACGGUUCGGUUGUUAAUCAAGUAUCUGGUUACCAAGCUCAGUUUGGAUAGCGAUUCAGAGAUAGAGAUAACAUGUAGAGGACAAAAGCUGCCACCAUUCUUGACGUUGCAGCAUGUAAGGGAUAACAUAUGGAGCGGUGCAAGGGAAGGAAUGGUGACUUUGCUUGCGGACCAAGGAGACUACUCUUCCUCUUCGCCAUCUCCAUCGCCUGCUAACUCCCCAGCCUCUUCAUCAUCUGAUCAUCUCAUGAUCCUGCAUUACGCUAGGACCACCACCACCACCACGACUUGCUAAUGCUUCUUAAUUAAUAACUCUCCUGAUUAAUUAUUGAAUUAAUUAAUCCCACCCCCCACAAUUAAUCAAAGGGAACCUGAAAAAAAAAACACAAAGAAAGAACCAUGCUUUAAGUUAUUAUGUCUUUUGGUCGAUUUCUCAUCUUCAUUUCUUGUUUUCUUUUAGAUUAUUUUGUUCGCUACUCUAAUUUGAGAGAAAGGGAAUGGUUUUUGAGGUACUACUACCACCCCAGGAAACGAUGUUUACAGUUUGCUGGGGUGAUUAAGAUGAAUAACAUAACUUGCAGGGGUACCACUGUUUUUUCUUUUCCUUCCCUUUUUCCACCAAGCUAUAUCUACUUUGCGGCUUGUGUAUAAAUUGUGCACGCUUUGUGGUUCCUUUGUAAGUUGUAACCAUUGCAUGCCAACUCGCUUGUAUGGUCGCUAAUUUCUUGUACCUAGCUAAUGUUUUUCGGGUUCCUUUUAUCUGUUUGUAAAGAG